GUCUUAGUGGGGGACGUUUGAAAAGUCUAGGUCAUUGUUUCGUUAAUUAUCUCGCCUUUACUUUUUCAUUGUUGGAAACAUGUCUUAUAUGCUUUCUCACCUAACUAAUGGCUGGCAAGUAGAUCAGGCUAUACUAUCUGAAGAGGACAGAGUUGUCAUCAUACGCUUCGGUCACGAUUGGGAUCCGUCGUGUAUGGUCAUGGAUGAAACUCUUUUUAAAAUCGCCGAGAGAGUGAAGAACUUCGCAAUCACGUACUUAGUUGACAUAACUCAAGUUCCAGACUUCAACAAAAUGUACGAAUUGUACGAUCCUUGCACUGUUAUGUUCUUUUAUCGUAAUAAACACAUUAUGAUUGACUUGGGAACAGGUAACAACAAUAAAAUCAACUGGCCCAUAGCGGACGGACAGGAAUUUAUAGAUAUUGUUGAAACAGUGUAUAGGGGUGCAAGAAAAGGUCGGGGCUUGGUCGUUUCUCCAAAAGACUAUUCGACUAAAUAUCGACUUUUUCUUUAAGGUUAAAGAGGGAUGUUAAAUAUGUCUGAUUUAUCUGAUACCGAUCGAGAACGUAUCGGGAAACUGUUCAGCGAUUUAGAUAUAGAUAAAGACGGUCGUAUCAGUGUUAAUGAACUUAGUCGUGUCAUAAAAGGAAGCAAAGAUGAAUCAGAUACUAAAAACAAAACAGCUAAGAAAAUUAUGACCAAAGGAGAUAUGGACAAAGAUGAAACACUUACAUUUCAAGAGUUUCUUUCUUACAUUCAUGACACUGAAACUCAUUUGAAACUCGCGUUUAAAGAAAUUGAUCAGAACAGUGACGAUCGAAUAGACGCUAGCGAAAUCCAGUCAGCCAUGAAAAGACUUGGUGCUAAUGUGAGCGAAGCUGAUGCACAGAAGUUGCUUAAGCGUAUAGAUAAGGACGGUUCCUUAGACAUUGAUUAUAAAGAAUGGAGAGACUUUUUGCUAUUUAGUGGGACUUCAAAGAUUGAUGAAAUAUUUAGAUAUUGGCGACAUGCAUCAGCCAUUGACAUAGGUGAAAAUAUGUGUGUUCCGGAUGAUUUCACAGAAGAAGAAAAGAAAUCGGGAGAUGCUUGGAAAACAUUGGUCUCAGGAGGUAUUGCUGGUUGCAUCUCUAGAACUGUAACGGCGCCUUUGGACCGCAUUAAAUUAACAUGGCAAGCACUUGGAAGUAAGGCUUCCGAAGUAGGUUUAUUGGGAACAGUCAAUAAAAUGGUUAAAGAAGGUGGGGUAACAGCAUUAUGGCGUGGAAAUGGUGUUAACUGUUUAAAGAUUGCUCCAGAAUCAGCAAUUAAAUUUCAGGCUUAUGAAGUUUACAAGUGCUGGCUAAAUGAAUCAUUUGGUAGUAAUCCAGAUGGAAGUCUUCAACUACAUACUAAAUUCUUAGCCGGUUCAUUGGCUGGUGCAACUUCCCAAAGUAUUAUAUAUCCUAUGGAGGUACUGAAAACACGAAUGUGCUUGCGCAAAAGUGGACAGUACUCGUCAAUAUUUGACUGUGCUCGAAAGUUAUAUCACAGUAAUGGUAUUACUAUAUUCUAUCGUGGCUAUGUGCCUAAUAUACUGGGUAUUCUGCCGUAUGCUGGAGUAGAAUUGGCUAUGUUUGAAACAUUUAAACAAUCAUAUUCUAAAGCAUUUUUAUCAAAGGAUGAGAAGUCUCAAAAUAUACCUCCACCAGUCUAUGUUUCUGUUGUAGCCGGUGCUCUUUCAUCAUUAUGUGGUCAGUUAGGCACGUAUCCAUUGGCGUUAGUUCGAACAAAACUUCAGGCACAGGCAUCUUCAGAAAAAACUGGAUUAUUAAAAAUUGUCAAAAAUAUUGUGGAACAUGAAGGCAUACCAGGUUUAUUUAGAGGAUUAGGGCCAAAUAUUCUUAAAGUUCUACCGGCUGUUAGUGUUUCGUAUGCAUGUUACGAUCAAAUUAGAGCAUUUCUACAAGUUUCAAAAUAGAUCUCUAUACCAUUUUACUUGCCUAAAUGUUAGAUCCUGACCAUUUUAAAAAUCACGUUUGUAUUCUAUCUAUAAAAUACAUUCGGAUUUCCGAAAACUUAUUUAUGUUCACUGUUUAAUUACUGGAUGCAAAUACUCUUAUUUUUUGUUGUUGUUUAAUUAAUCGCUUUAUAUUUUAUCAGAAGAUAAAUGUCAAUUAAUUGUAAUGAAGCAUAUUUUAUUUUUGAAUGAUAUAUAGCUUAUUUUCUUUUAAUGUGAUGUUAUUGUUUCAACAUUGAAAUUUGAAAUGUGAUUUGUAUCCUAUUUUAGUUCAUGAUUAUCAUCAUCUUUCUGGAUGUUUUUAUUUUCAUCAGCAAUAAGAAAUGGAUAUAUUUUAUAUGCACAUAUAUAUUAGUUUUCUGGUACUUAGACAUUUGCUAACUUUUUUCUACAAUGUUUUACUUUUCCUUUUUUUUCCGCUAACAUUCAUCAUUUAUUUCUCUAAUCGAUUUUCAACAUAUCGCAUACAUCUUUAAGAUCUCUCUUGUCAGCAUAAUGGAUUAUUUUGUCUAAAAUGUUUAUUUUUGUUGUUGCUUAAAUUCGUAUCUUGAAUACACUUUUUAUAAUCUUUCUUACUUUAUAUAUCGUUCUGUGUAAAUCAAUUAGUUAUUUGGUUUUUACAGUUUUGGAAUGGAAUUGAAGGACUAAAUCAAAAUAAAUUCUCGUUUUCAUAUG